AUGAAGGUCGCUAUCCUUGGAGGAGGUCCCUCUGCUUUUUAUUUUGCUUCGCGGCUACUUCAAAAGGCUCCGUUCACAAGUUCAAGAGGCAGGAAUCUCGAAGUGCAUGUCUAUGACCGGCUUUGGGCUCCCCAUGGACUCGUACGUUAUGGGGUCGCACCAGAUCAUCCAGAGGUCAAAAAUUGCACCCACAAGUUUGAUGAAACCGCGCAAGACCCACGGUUCAAGUUUUUUGGCAACGUCAAUGUCGGCGCCGUGCCCUCGUUUUCACAUACACUCCAUCUUCCUCUAGAGGCUCUGCGGCCAUACUAUACACAUGUUGUCCUGGCUUACGGAGCAGGUCUGCCGUUUAUCCUGCCUGCCUUGGGUGCGACCGCAAUCUCGGCGCUCUCGAUAGUACACUGGUACACUGGCCAUCCUUCCAAUCCCCCUCCACCCAAGCUGGAUAAGGCGGAACAUCUGACGCUGAUGGGCCACGGCAAUGUAUCGCUAGAUAUUGCGAGGCUACUCCUAUCUUCCCCUCAACGCAUCGCGCCUCUGGACAUUCCUCAGCAUGUUAUAGAUGCCAUGAGGUCGUCAAAAGUCAAACACAUUUCCAUUGUCUCCCGUCGCGGACCCGCGCAAGUCGCAUUUACAGCAAAGGAGCUCCGAGAGCUCCUUAAUCUUCCAGAUGUCUCCAUGGUUCCGAUAGAGCCAUCGCUUCUCGCCACACCCGACAACGCUACGCGUCAGCAAUCGCGCAUUCUCGACCUGCUGCGCAAAGGCUCUGCAGCGAAACCAGGCACGACAUCCAAGACUUGGUCUCUCGAAUUCUUUCGAUCACCGGUUCAACCAAUCCACGAUGGUGUAGAGUUUGGCAUCAACGAGCUGGACGAACACCAACUCGCCAUCCCAACCGGCCGAACCGAACAAUUCAAAACAGAUCUAAUAGUCAAUAGUGUAGGGUAUCGGUCUGAGCCCCUCGCACCAGAGUGGUACAACGGUACGCUGGGCCAUGUACGACAAAUGGCCGCGAGAGUAGUGGAUGAAAAGGAGAGGCCAGUCGGAAACAUAUAUGCUUCGGGCUGGGCAGCGAAUGGUGCCAAGGGUGUGCUGGCGACGACGAUGAUGGAUGCUUAUGCUGCGGUGGAACGUAUGCUUGAGGAUGCUGCAAACGACUCUGCUUCGGAUGUAUAUUGUGAGCCUGGUCCACCGAAGGAGGUCACUACCUCGAGUACGAGAGUAGUCAGCUACGAAGAUUGGAAGCGAAUUGAUGCAGAGGAGUCGACAAUCUCCUCGCAUAAACUACUUAUACCAUCUGCGCCAAGUGAAGAUGACUCUUUUGUCUCCGUCCACGAUCCUCAUCAGAUGGCCGCAGUGCUCCAGCCUCUGAAUCAGCAGCCAAAAUUAAAACUCUGUAUCAAAUCUGGAAAUGUUCCUGGUGCCGCAUGCGUAUUCCAGCGUGUCGCUUCCGUUGCCGCCAACGAACGCAAGGUGUUCAUACUGCACGACGAAGGAGAGAAUGCGACUGCCGCCAGAAUGAGAACUGAAUCGCUUGCGAGAUUAUUCGACGUUUCUGAACUCACGACAUACUAUCGAAAUGCGCGACACAAGGCACCUGCGCAGCCAGGAGAUGGUCCCAACCUAAUCAGGAUGUCUUGGUGCGGCCGUAAUAUCAACGAUCUCAACGCGGCUGUAGACUUUGUGCGUUACACUUGCCAUAGGAAAGGGGUGUUUGCAGCACUGAUCGGGUUAGGAAAUGCUGGUCAUGUCAUCCGUAUUCUUGCAAAAGAGCAUAACCUCGAACCUACCCCUCCAGACCCCGUGCGACUACCAAAGUCUGGAAACUACCCUAUCACGAUUCUUACACCGACUAUGUUCACUACGUUCUAUGUCAGUGAACCGGCCCCCUUCUCAAAGGAUGCCUUGGCUGAGCUCCCCACUCUUACUCUUCCCGUCGAGUCAAUCCUCGCUUACAUCAAAGAGGUAAUCAGGCUCGGGAAACGGCUAUUUGACGCCCCUAUUAUGUCAUUAGCGGAGCUACGGGCCGCCAAACUUGCAAAACGGCAAGAGUUGGACGAAGCAGCGAAACAAAAAGAGGCGGAUAUUAAAUUCUGGAAGGAAAUGCUUGCGCGCAAAGAGGCCGGAGAGGACGUCGAAGUUCCUGAGAAGCCUCUUUCAGGGAGAAAGAUUCGGAAAAAACAAGCCCUCGAGGCAAGAAUGAAGGAGAUGUGGGGAGGCUCUGAGAAUACCGGCUAUGAUCAUUCAGUCGAGAGCCCCCCGGCCUAUCUCGAACCCCUUGCAAACUUGUACUACAAGGAGUUGGGCAACGACUGCAUCGCGGACACUGUCCUCAUGCCAUCGGCGGAGCCAGUGGUACCAUGCAGACUCGAGCAUCUUCAAGAGAUGAUCCAAUGGUUGGAAAAGGACGAGGAUAUUGUUGCCUCCCAAGAGCCACGUAUUGACUUUACGAGAGGCUCUAUUCUCGGCAAGACAACUCAAGGCGGAGGUACAUCUGUCGACCUCUGCAAGCAGGUCGUCGGACCGAAAGGCAUUACACCGAUUCUCGAUGCUGUCGCAAAGAACUCGCACAUCGAUCGCUUCUUGCUUGGAAACAACAUUGUGGGUGAUGAAGGUGCGCGGGCCAUUGCAGACUUCAUUUGGAGCGAGCGGUCAAAAAGGGUGUACAACUUCUACAUUGCUGGAAACUCGAUCUCACCAGAGGGGAUUCGCGCAAUUGCCGAUGCCCUCGUGGAUAAUGAGACGGUGACGGCACUUUGGCUAAAGCGCAAUCCCUUGCUACCACAGGGUGCGAGGUAUAUUGCAUCGAUGAUCUCCCUCAACACCACCCUUCAAACACUUGACCUGGUGAACACUGGGAUCCUCGACCAAGGUGUCGUUUGCUUGAUGCAAGCCCUUCAACAAAAUCCUGCAUCCGCCCUUCGACAUCUCUACCUUGGAUGUAAUGCAGAGGGACCACAAUCAGGUGCAGCAAUUGGGGCGUAUCUCCGCACAGGCUUCAGCCGCCUCACGUCGCUCUUCUGCUCGUGUUCGCGGCUAGGAGAUCAAGGAGCCAUCUCCAUUGCCGAAGGACUCAAAGUUGACCGUUACCUCGAGCGACUAGGCCUAGAGUCGGCGAGAAUUGGCGACGUAGGUGCGAGGGCUCUUGCGGAUGCAUUAGAACAUCACCCCGCGUUGAUCAUGCUGGACCUUGGGUUCAGAAAGGGUACGUAUGAGAUGGGCGAACUGCCCAAUCGUAUCACGGACGAGGGACUACUCUAUCUCGGUCAAAAACUCAUUGGCUGGUCGGAUCAGCGCAAGAAUUCCAUUCGGACGCUCGAUGUCACGCACAAUAAAGUGACCAGGGAUGGUGCGAUGACCUUUAUCCACAAUUUUGUCUUGGACAACAGUCACCUCCUUCAUGUUCGCCUGUCACAGAUCGGUGCCGAGCGUAAUCUCGAAGUCGAGAGGAUCACAAAGAGACUGGCGAAAGAGAACAAGGAACAAUAUUUUGAGGUUGAUCCUUCCAAGCUUAGUCCAGAAGAGGUCAAGGAAAGGGAGAGAGUCAAAGAGGCCCUCGAUCCCAAGCACAUCGCAGAAAUCUAUAGCAUCUAUCGAGGCAACAUGUAA